CAUCCCGCCGCCGCCCCGCCGUCCCCAUGGAGGCCAUCAAGAAAAAGAUGCAGAUGCUGAAACUGGACAAGGAGAACGCCAUCGACCGUGCAGAGCAAGCGGAGGCUGAUAAGAAGCAGGCGGAAGACCGCUGCAAGCAGCUGGAGGAGGAACAACAGGGCCUGCAGAAGAAGCUGAAGGGCACAGAGGAUGAGGUGGAGAAGUACUCCGAGUCUGUCAAGGAGGUCCAGGAAAAGCUGGAGCAGGCGGAGAAGAAAGCUACAGACGUAUGUAGGCAUGCCAGCAACUCCUCCCCUGUACCGGUGCCAGAUGUGGGAGGGGGAGGGGGGAUGUGAAGAAAGAGGAGGGCCUUAUAUGGAAGGUGUCUGGGGAAGACUGUCAGCAUCCCAUUCCUGGGAUGCUGACACUGAACCCAGCUGAGAUUCAG